ACAUGUGAUGGCCACACGGUGAUGUGAGGAUGAGAGUGGUACCAUCCCACCACCCGUACAGGACGUCCAGUCAUCUCAGCCAACCUGUGCUUUCAGCAAGUGGAAGACGUUAUUCCAGCCAGACGGAUGCCGGGGAAGGAUCCGUGUCAGAAGCAAGCUUGCGCUAUACAGAAGUGCUUACAAGCCAACAACUACAUUGAAGGUCGGUGUGAAGAUGUGAUCCGGGCGAUGAGAAAAUGUUGUGAGGGUCAUACCGGAAAGAAUUCCGUGUGCUGCUCCGGAUUUACACAACAACACAAAACCACAGAGGAUAAAACAGACCGAACACGACUUCUUACAAAAUAAUGUCACUUAUUUAAGACGUGCGUGCUUAUACCUGCACGAUAAGGCCAAAAGUUUGUGGACAUCUGACCGUCACACCCAUAUGUGGUUCUUCUCCAAACUGUUGGAGGUACGCAAUUGUAUAGAACGUCUCUGUAUGCUGUAGUGCGAGCUCCAUGAAGACGCGGUGUGUGAAGGUUGGAAGAAGGUAGAAGAACUCGAGUGUCCUGUACAGAACCCUGACCUCAACCCCACUGACUCAUCACCUUUGGGAUGAACUGGAGUCUCCUGACCUCAACCUCACUAACGCUCUUGCAGCUGAAUGAACACAAAUCCCCACAGCCACGCCCCAAAAUCUAGUGCAAAGCCUUCUCAGAAGUGUGGCGCGCAUUAUAACAGCAAAACACAGGGGGAAGAAAUCUGGAAUGGGAUGUUCAACAAGAACAUAUGGGUGUGAUGGUCAGGGGUGCACAUACUUUUGGCCAUAUAGUGUAUAAACAGUGAUGUGUGGAAGUUUGAUUGCUUCAAAGAAGUCACUUAACAUUGUUCUAAAAAUGUGCCUCAAUGUUGAUUAAAGGAAAAAUGAAAGACAACGUGUAUAACCCUGAGCCUUUAUGACCCGUAUUGUGUGUAAGAGGAAAAAGAAAUUAUGGAGAAAAAUUGUAUAUUUUAGUUAAAAGUAUGGAGCCAAAAACCCCAUUGAGUGAAAGUCAGAAAGUAUCUACGUUUAAACAUCUCAAGUAUUCAUGAGUAAAGGUAUUCUAGACACAA